UUGGCAGCUCAGACAAACCAUCGACGGUUGAGUGGACCCCGAGGCCUGGAACUGCCGUCCACCCCAUCCCCAUCCCCACCGUCUAGAUCUGGGAGAUCCCCCAGGCAGCCUGGCAUCCCCGCCCCCAGGCCACAGCAAAGGUCACAAUCAACAUUCAUUGUUGUCGGUGGGUUGUGAGGAGGAGGUCAGACCCACCGGGGGGAUGAAUGUCACUGUGGCUGGCCCAUACAGCAGUCUCAGGGAUAAGGACAGGACCCCUUAGAAGCCCCAAAUUCUUGCUCCCCUUGAGGAGAUGGGCUGGUAUCUAGGAUCCUGAUGGGCAGAUUGGAAUUAGGAAAUAAACCCUGGAGGAUUAGAUGUUGGGGGAAAUCAUAAAGUGGGGCCUCCGUGGGUAGAAACCAUUCCUGAAAGGAUGGAUGUUUGCUCAGUGAGGUUUCUGGAAUGGGUGAAUGGUAGAUGGGCUUGUGACAGAUAGAUGGGUAGGCUGGUGGACUAGUGGGGUGGAAGGGUGCCCUAGCCAGUGGUGACCUCCAACCAAGCACCUUUCCGAGCUCAGGCUGAGGCCUCCUCUGACAGGUAGUGUUGGAAAUGAGAGCUGGCACAUGCUGGGAUGCAGCCUGCCUGUGCUUGGGGCCUCUUUCCCCUCCUUUGGGGCUCCCAGACCCCAGCCUUGAGGCUGCUGAGCUAACUGUCGGAGGAAGAGUUGGGAACUCCACUUUGUAGCCGAGGACAAACAGCUGAGGUGUCUAUUAGCAUAUCAAAGCUGACACUGGCUGCUGAGUACUCCAGCAUCCCCCAGUCCCUGCCUGUUACAGGGUCCUUCUGGCGGGCACACUCAGGCUGGGCUUGCCCUUUCCCCAGCUUUUCGGGUUCCUUCAUAACCCCGCCGCCGCCGCUUUGGUUAGAUGGUCUUUUCACUUUUUUUGUUUGUUUUUUUUGGGGGGCCUCUUGGCCGCCCAUUCCAGGUUUCCUUCUCUCCCUCUCCCCACAUGACCUGGCUCAGUCUGCUGGUCACAUCCACUCGAGACUCUCCCAAAGGUUGCCUAUACUGUCCCUUUAUCUACAGUAAAGCUCCUCAGCCCCUUAGGAGCAGUCCUGCUCUCCUUUCUUUCUGUCAUCCACGCUUCAUGACUAAGUUCUCAGCCACUGGGGUGGCCAUGAAAGUCCCUCCGUGAAGCCAGAGCCUUGGGACCCAGCCCUUGUCUCCCCGUCCCCAUUCCAUGCACAGGCCCCCUUCCGAAGUACUGGGAUUUUGCAUUACUUGCCCUAACAAGGACUCAAGGCCACCAAGACCCUUCCCCAGCCCUGAGGAAGGAAGAGAAAAAAAUUAGUAAAUCAAUGUCAGUGUUUGGCCCUGGGGCGGUGUUCUUAGCCAUCCCCCCCCCCCUCACCUAGCUGGCCUGCAAGGGUUGACCUCCCACAUGGAGGGGGAGGAGACCCUGGGAAGCCUGGGGGUUCAGUGGCUCCUAGUCUACCUCCAGCCCACACAAACACCAUAUACCCCCUGGGCAGGUAUGUAAGAAGCCCCCAGAGAUAAUGAGGGACCCCCCAGAGCCUGCCUGCUCCACCCUCUCACAUCCCCUCAAGAGAGAAAAGCCGCAGGAGAGGCUUUAGCUUCAGGGUCGGAGAGAAGCAGGAGCCAGGCAGUGUUUUCCUUCAGUUGCUCUUUUGCCCAGUCAUGGGGACUUUCAAUCUGUGGACAGAUUACCUGGGUCUGGCAAGCCUGGUUGGGGCUCUGCAUGAGGAAGAGGUGCCUAAUGUCAGGCUGGACCCCAAGCCAGAGCCCAAGCCGAUUCCAGAAAGCCGGAAAGCCAGCAAGGAAUCCUCAACAGCUCCUGAACGCUUGUGCUCGUUCUGUAAGCACAAUGGUGAGUCCCGGGCCAUCUAUCAGUCCCACGUCCUGAAAGAUGAGGCCGGCCGCGUGCUGUGUCCCAUCUUGAGGGAUUAUGUGUGUCCCCAAUGUGGGGCCACUCAGGAGCACGCCCACACUCGACGCUUCUGCCCACUCACCGGCCAGGGCUACACUUCUGUCUACUGCUACACCACCCGGAACUCUGCAGGCAAAAAGCUGACCCGGCCUGACAAGGCAAAGACACAGGAUGCUGGCCACCGCCCAGGAGGAGAAACAGCAACAGGUAGUCUGGGAGCUCCUAGAGGGUGGCAGUGCACUGGGGUGUCUCCCUUAACUCUACAGUGGAGCUCAGGUGAGGAUCCCAUUCUUUGGAAGUUUUUUGUUGUUGAGACAGUCUCUCCAUUUAGCUCAGGGUGGACUUGAAAGAACAUGCCUCAGCCUCCCUGUUGCUGGAACAGACAUGAACUCCCAUGCCUGCCUGUUAGAGUUUUGUUUCCCCCUCCGGUUUUUGUAUUUCCCGAGACAGGGUUUCUCUGUGUAGCUCUGGUGUCUGUCCUGGAACUCACUCUGUAGCCUAGGCUGGCCUCGAACUCACAGAGAUCCGCCUGCUUCUGCCUCCCGAGUGCUGGGAUUAAAGGUGUGUGCCACCACGCGUGGUGCCUGUUAGAGUUUUAUGUUGUUGGUGUGAUGUGGAGAUGGACCCCAGGGCCUUUGCACCACAGCCCUAUUCCUCCCAGUGGGGGUCUUAAAGGGACUCAGCCCUGAGAAGCUAGCAGUGGGGGCGUCUUAGAGAUGACUUCUGAAUUCGGAAGGGACAGGAACACCUCCUUGGAACUGGAGGUGCCCUCGCCAGCACACUGUCACAGAAAGCUGAGCACUGCAUUCUGGGUGUAAGGGAUGCAGGUCCCUUGCAGCCUGGCAGGGACACCACCUUCAUCAUUUCAGUAGCAUUUCUGUGCUUUUGCUCGGGGUCCCGGGAUGACAAUCCCAGGUGUGGCCACCAGGUGGCGCAGCAGCCCAGGACGCCCUAGGUGCCACCAUGAGUACCCCGCUCAGCCAUCUGAGCCCCUCAUUUCAGCAUUUCUCUCCUCUGCUUUCAA